AUGGCUGAAGCACAAGCCCCCAUCACGGCCGUCAAGGUCGAGGCCCUGGUGGUGAUGAAAAUCAUCAAGCACGGUUCCCAGACGUUCCCUACCGUUUCAACCGGCUCCCUUGUCGGUAUGGACGUGGACGGCACCCUUGAGGUCACGAACUCUUUUCCUUUCCCCGUUGUGGAAACCACCACCGAGUCGCACUUCGACAAUGCCGCGCCGAACCCUGCCGCUUCUGCUCCUCGCGCCAAGGGAAACGCCGCCUACCAAGCCGAGAUGAUUCGCAUGAUUCGCGAGGUCAACGUGGACGCCAACAACGUCGGAUGGUACACCAGUGCCAACAUGGGAAACUUUGUCAACAUGAACGUGAUCGAGAACCAGUUCUACUACCAAAAGGAACUGAAUGAGCGAACAGUCGCGCUUGUUCACGACGUUAGCCGCAGCGCUCAGGGAAGCUUGAGCUUGCGCGCAUUCCGUCUCUCUGCUAAGUUUGUCGAGGCGUUCAAGGAGAACAAGUUCACCUCGGAGGAGUGUCUUCCCCCCCCCCCCAACAACACUAUCGGCAUAUUGUCCAACAUCCGCUACCAAGACAUCUUCGAAGAACUCCCUGUGGAGAUCCACAACUCACACCUGAUCACCACCUUCCUCCACCAGCUGCAGGGUCCCAGCACCUCAGGUCCCAUUGAACUUCCUCUCUCUCUCAGUGCCCUUGAGGCCAGUCCAUUCUCCAAGUCCUCAAUUCUCACCCCCAACUUCGACAACCUGACCCUCAACAUCGACCCAUUCCUGGAGAAGAACUGCGACCUCUUGCUGGACAGCAUCGAGGCCCACAACACCGAGACCAACAACUACCAGUAUUACCAGCGCGUUCUUGGCCGCGAGCAACAGAAGAUCAACAACUGGAAGCAGAAGCGCGCCCAGGAAAACGCCACCCGCUCCGCUCUGAAGCAACCCCUGCUCCCCGAGGACGAGUGGCAGCGCCUGUUCAAGCUGCCCGCUGAGCCCAGCCGGCUGGAGAGCAUGCUCAACACCCGCCAGGUGGAGCAGUUCUCCCGCCAGGUCGACAGCUUCGUCUCGUCGACUACCGGCAAGAUGUUCGCUGUCAAGGGUAACCUGCUGCCCGGCGAGACUGCGAACUAG